CUUGUGAUCAUUGCGUUUAUGCCCUGUAUUGUUCUGAAAAAUGUAAAUCAGAAGAUUGGAAGAAAUAUCAUGAUAUAGAAUGUUCUGUAUUUUCAAUAUACUCUACGAUCUCUGAUUAUGUUAAGUUCGAUUUACUUUGUAUGAGAAUUAUAAUACAAGCAAUAAAAGAGUCUAAAAAUUUUAGAACUUUAAGAAAAUGGAUUAAACAAAUUGAUGAAUGGAAGGAUCCUAGAACCAAAGGUUUUAGUUCCGAUAAGAAACUUCACAAUGAUAAAUAUAUAAGUGUACAUGGUCUUACAACCAAUACAGAAAAGAGAUCAAUAUGUGAUCUAUUUAGAAGAUCUGUAGAUAGUUGCGUUCUUUUAUAUAUACUUGCCACACGUACUACGAUAUUUGGAUAUAAAUUUAAAUAUAAUUUAUCUGCAUUAAUUAGUAACAAAGAUGCUAUUCUAAUCGGAGGGCUUAUAUUAAGACAUCAACAAAUAAUACCUAAUAAUGUUUAUAGCUUUACUGAAGAAUACGGUUUAGAUGGUAGAGAACGAGGAAUUGUACUAAUGCCAUUUUAUAGCCUGUUUAAUCAUAGCUGUAAUCCAAAUGUAGUAAGAUAUUCAAUAUCUAAAAAAGUGGUUAUGUCUGCUAUUCAUCCUAUAAAGAAAGGAGAACAACUUUUUGAUAAUUAUGGUCAGCAUUAUGCCAUAAUUGAACAGUCAAAGAGAAAAGAAAAUUUCUUGCAACAAUAUUAUUUCUUAUGCAAAUGUACAGCAUGUCGUUCGGAUUUGCCUCGAUAUGAUGGCUUAUAUUGUUUUGAAGAGACCAUACAAAAUAAUUCUGUUAAAUUGAUGAUCAAAACGGCUCUAAAGAAUUUAGAGAAAUACGCUUCUUUAGCAAUGAUGGAUAAAGUUAAGAACAAAGAAUUUAUGAUACAAGAGUUAUCAAAGAUGAUACAAAUAUUACAUGAUCAUGUUUCAACACCAAGUAAAGAGAUAAAUGAAGUUGUGGAAAUUUUAAAACGUAUAUAUGGUUUAAUUGGAAAUAAAUUUGUUUUACCAAAAAUAUAAAUGGUAAAUGGUAUAUUCUAUCCUAUGGUAAGUGUGUGCAUUCUCAUUUGUUUUAAAUAAAUAAAUGAUAAACGAAAAUAAUAAAUGUGCCAAUUUUAUGUGAACAAUAAGUAAAUGUAAUUGAAAUAUAACAAUGAUACUAUAUGAUUCUCAUUUGCUUUAAAUCAAUGGGUCAUAUAUAUGAAUACUAAAUAAAUGUGAUAAAUGUGCGAAUAAUAAAUAAAUGUAUGUGAGUAAUAAUU